CAAGCGCAGGCGUGCCACCACGCUCCUUUCACGUGUGUAACCUUUUCUCUCUCGAUACCCGUACCCUGUUGCGAUGGCACCUAAAAAAGCAGCAGGAAAGGAAAAAAAGACGGCACCAGCCCCAGAGGCUGCCAAAAAAGUCCAGGCCACAACAGCUAAGCCUGCGACUAAGCCAGCCGCCAAGCCUGCUGCCAAAACACCGGCAAAGGCUGCAGCUAAAGCCGCCAAGCCAGCAGCAAAGGCUGCAGCCAAAAAUGCAGCCAAAGCUGCAAAAUCAUCGGCUAAGCCUGCAGCUAAGCCUGUGGCUAAGGUCGCUGGUAAACCAGCCAGCAAGGUAGCGGUCAAGAAAACCUCUGCUGUUAAGAAGGCUGGAGCUAGUCUUGAAAAGGCUCUGAAAACCCAGAAGAAGGUAAUCAAGGGUGUCAAUGGUACUCGAGUCCGCAAAAUCAGGACAAACAUCCACUUCCAUCGGCCAAAGACCUUCAGGCCACAGAGAAACCCCAAGUACCCCCGUAAGAGCGUGCCGAAAAGGAGCCGCAUGGAUGCCUCAAACAUCAUUAAAUACCCUUUGACUACCGAAUCUUCCAUGAAGAAAAUUGAAGAUAACAACACUUUGGUCUUCAUUGUACAUACACAGGCAAAUAAAAAUCACAUUAAGGCUUCUGUGAAGAAACUGUAUGAUGUUGAUGUCGUUCGUGUAAACACCCUCAACAGGCCUGAUGGCAAAAAGAAGGCCUAUGUUAGGCUAAGCAGAGAUUAUGAUGCUCUUGAUGUAGCUAACAAAAUAGGAAUCAUAUAAAUGAUUUUUAUAAUAAUAAAGUUUAUUAUUUCAGAAAAUUAAAA